AAAUACAUACCAACAUGUUUUAUACCGCAAACCUAUCCGGGCUAUAAAAUCACCAAGGUCGAAGAAAGCCCAGGAGGUUUUACGUACGUAGAGCUCUCUCGCGAGACCCCAUCGGGAUUUCCCAACGAUAUAAAGUCGGUGUCGUUUCGUAUAACACAUCUGACACACAAUGUGUUGCGCAUACGAGUGGCUGAUCUCAAUCAUACCCGGUUUGAGCCCCCACUGCCUCAACUCAAUCUACCCAAACCCGUACCCAUGCGUCACAUGUAUUCGGUGGACCCGGUUGGAAAGGGUAUUAUCACGGUUAGACGCAUAUCGACAAAUGCACCCAUAUUUCAGACCGACUUAACAAAACUGGUGUUUGCUGACCAAUUCAUCCAGCUCAAAUCACUGCUCAGUUCGCACCAGGUGUACGGCAUUGGUGAGAACAAG